AUGGCAACGAUUCUUUUUGAUUCUUCUAAAAAUGAGCUAUUUAAACUCACUGAUAACUACAAAACAGUGAAUCGGAAGCUUAAGGCAAACUACAAGACAGAAACCAACAAAAAUGAAAUCAAGUCAGACGUCCUAAAGUCGAUAAAUCUCUUCAUCUUAGCUGGUCCGCAACAAAAAUUCAAUGAAGUUGAGUUGGAAGCUAUGAAAGAAUUUGUCAAUAAUGGAGGUUCCUUGAUGGUCAUGCUGGCUGAAAAUGGUGAAAAUUACUUCGACACAAACAUUAAUUUUUUAUUGGAAGAGUUCGGAAUGAACAUAAACUCAGAUUCUGUUGUUCGUCAGCAUUACUAUAAAUAUUUUCAUCCAAAAGAAGCUGUUUUGAAUGGAUGCAUAGUCUGUGAGAAUAUGAACAAUGAAUUGCUUAAAACUAUUAAGAAAAGUCAGAAUAAUCAAAGUUUAUUGGAUGAAAAGUAUGACAUUGAAGUCAUCUAUCCAUUUGGAGCUACAAUUAAUGUCAUUAAUCCAUCGAAUGUCCUCAUUACAACAUCAACAAUUGCAUAUCCAUUUAAUCGUCCUGUUUGUGGAUACUACACAAAUGAUAAAGGAGGUCAAAUCCUUGCCAUUGGAUCGGGACAUUUGUUUACUGAUAAAUAUAUUGUUAAUGAGCAUAACAUGUAUGUCUGGGACUAUUUUAUCACACUUAUGGUCGAAAAAUCCAUCAGUUAUAAAGCAAAAGAUUUUAAUGAUGUAGAGAUUCAUGACUACACAACAGUUCCAGAUAUCGUUUACAUGUCAGAGCAGCCAAAAAUCUGUCUUGUUGAAUCCUUUGAUUGUGACAUUCCUGCUGAUUUUAAGAAGCUUUUUGACAUGACUUUAUAUUCAAUUAAUAAUGAUCGAUUGCAUGAAGUCGUUACGAUGUAUGAGAAACUGUACAUUGAGUAUGAGCCAUUGAAAAUCAUCAAGCCACAAUUUGAAUUGCCUUUACCGCCUACACAGCUAGCUGUUUUUCCUCCAAUUUUCAGUGACUUGCCACCACCUCCAAUUGAGCUUUUUGACCUUGACGAAGCUUUUAGUUCUGAAAAGUCUCAAAUCACUCAAUUGACUAAUAAAUGCUUUCAAACUUCUGAUACAAAAGGAUUUCGAGAUAUCGAUCAGAAGGAACUGGAAUAUUUCAUUCGUGAAUGUGGACGCAUCUUGAACAUCUCACAUGAUGAUCAAAUGCCAGCAAAGGAAAUUUUACAUACAAUUUCUAUUAAAAUUGCAAAUUAUAAGAAGCUUGAUAAAGAUUAAUAAAGAUUUUUUAUGCACUGGAUGUACAUGAUGGGGGUAAAAUCCCCGAAAGAUAUUAAUUCUACGAUCCUGCGGAAUAAUAACCCCGAAAAUCGCAAAUUUUUUGAUGUUCCCUGCGAGAUAAUAUUCCCACUUAGAAAAACACGUGGAAUUAUUAUCCUUCCGGGAAGAUAAUAAUCCCACCUAUAAUUACAAGUGGGAUUAUUAUCUUUACGGAACACGAUUAAAAUUAUGGAUUAAAU